AUGUUUUAUCGUCUUCCGCUCGUGUGCCUCUGUGCUGUUGGCGGCAUCAGCCCCGCAGCAGCAGAAUCCGAGCUUUGCAAAACCUCGGCACUGGUACAAAAGGCCCUGCAUCGGGUGCAGCGCGAAGCGGAUCGUCUCUCUGUGCAGGAGUGUCCACCUGUUCUGCAACCCGAGAGUGCUUGCACAGCAGCGGCAGAAGACAUCGGCUUCAUCAAUGCCACGGAAUCCGGCACUCCUGGCGCCUGCAUCCUGUGGCAGGAGUCAGGGAACAUGACUUUGCAAGAGAUGGACGAGGCGUUCUCCUCGAUGGUGAUGGACUCCUUGGCCACAAGAUGCAAAAGCUGCCUUGAUCCCUCAACCUCCUGCCAGCAUUAUGCGCCGGGCAUCUCUUGCUACCAAGGUGUGGCCUCCGCGGAGGUCUCGUUUUAUGCCCAAUGCCACCAAAACUGCCCUGAGGUCGACUCAUGGUCUUGUAACAUCUUCUGGGACACACCGGACUCAGAGCUCGAGAACAGCACAGAAGCUCUUCUGGCCCUCAGCCGAGAUGUCACAGUCCCAAAGUCUGCCGGCAGCUUGAGCCCCACGGACAAAGCCGAAGGCAGAGAUGCCCUUCGAGGUGUGCUUUCUCAAGUUUCUUCCGUUCAGAACCGGUCUCUUCUAUCUUUCCGUGAUGGUCACGCUCGCAGAUCCUCACGCUGCUGGGGCAGUGUCGUGGAUUCAGCCAUUUGUGGUUUCAAAAGCGUCACGGACGGAGCGAUCUGCGGCUGGAACAAAGGCAAGAAGUGCAAGUACGGUCGGCGCAGGAGGUGGAAAGGCUUCAAGGGAUGUGACUUCUGGAAAAAGGCCAAAAACUGCAAGGUCGCUGCCAGCUGCGAUGUCUCGCUGGACGUGCCAAGCUGUUUGGGAGAUCUCUUUCAGGAGGUAAAUAACCCCUACAGGGAGUAUGCCGAGUACAUCUCCAACACCGGCUGCAGCAGCGUGUCCUCCUGCAAAAACGCCGUGGAGGAUGGCCUCGCCGAUGUGUGGGAGCUCGUGUACAGCUCCACACAGUCCGGCAUCUGGGCUUAG